AUGGUCGGCAUUAUCGACACCAAACCGAUCGUUGUGAUCGCCUGCCCUCCGGAAAACGGACACACGCACCCAUUUCUCCCACAUGCCGUACAUCUGGUCAAGCAGGGCUACAUCGUACACUUCAUUGCAGGCACUGAGUCUGAAAAUGCAGUUCGUCGAUCCGGCGCAGUUUUUCACCGUAUCCACCGGGAUUGGCCGCCCGGCGUGUUGGAAAAGAUGAUGACACUUCCAGAUCCCACGCAGCGUUUCAACUUCGCACUCAGCGCUGUUUUUGUCGACUUGACCCCAGUGGCCAUGCAAGUGCUGCAGGACGUACUGGAGGAAAUCCGUGAAGAGCAUCCGCAGCGCGAGGUGGUGAUCGUCGCGGAGUUUGCGUCCGCUGGAGUUUGGCCGUUUGUGCUGGGGGCACCGCUACCAAAAGGAUACACCCGGUUCCCGAAGGUAAUCACAUUUUCGACGUUGCCGUUUGCUGGUUCCAGCGUGGACACUGCGCCGUUUAGACCGGGCCUGCCGCCAGAUUCGAGUGAGCAGGGCCGCGUCCGCAACGCGGCUUUGUACAAAGCUUUUGAGGAGUUCGAGGUGGAGCUGGUAGGACAUGCCAAUGCUGUUUACAAGAGGCUUGGUGCAGCAAAGAAAGCACCUGGGCACUUGUUAGAUCUGUGGGCCACUGGGGGAGACGUCACUGUGCAGCCUUGUAGUCCAAGUCUGGAGUACCCGCGGAGUGAUUUGUCGCCCAAGGUUCGGUUUAUCGGCGGCACUCCUCGCGCAGAGGUCGACCCGGAACUUGUGCUUCCUGAAUGGUGGAGAGAAUUACUAGAAGCAAGAAAGGCCGAGAAACCAAAGAAUAUAGUAUUUGUUUCCCAGGGCACGGUCAUGGUCGACUACAACAUGCUUUUGAUUCCCACCAUCAAGGCUCUGGCUGAUAGGGAAGACUGUAUGGUCAUUGGAGUCUUGGGUCAAAGAGGCGCGAAGCUGCAGAACGUUACGGUACCAGCGAACGCGAAGGUGGUCGAUUACUUAUUGUAUGCUGCAAUUCUCCCAUACGUUGAUGUGUUCAUCAACAACGGGGGAUAUGGAGGCUUCAUGCAAGGCGUCAUGCAUGGAGUUCCCAUGGUCUUAGCUGGAGUAGAACUGGACAAAGCUGAGGUGUCGAUGCGGGGAGAAUGGGCCGGUAUUGCGGUGAACUUGCGUACAAGCACUCCCAGUGCUGAUGCCAUUCGGGGCGGGGUGGACCAGAUACUCGCCGACAGCAGCUUCAAGACCCGCUGUGUGGAGAUUCAGCGUGAGAAUGACGAGCUUGAUUGUCGGACUCAGUUGGAACGCAUCCUCGCGGAAGUUGUAUGA